GUCUGACUAAAACAUCGACAUAAAGGCAGAUAUGGCAAAACACUUGCACUCUGUACUUCAAUAUAUUACGUAUAGUAAACGAGAGGACCGUUAUGUGUAUGUUGGAAUAAAAAGUGAGGGAAAAGUGAGACAGAGGGAAGGAGGAGGAGGAGGCAGAAGGAGCAGCUUUGCCUUUUGUGGUAGUUCAAGUCGCUACAAGGAGAAGGAGCAGGAAUUCUCUGAGCUACACAAGGAGCCAGAUACAAUCCAGGCUUGCUUGGGUUGAUAUAUGGCAACAAACCUGGUGGACAAAAGCUGGGCUACUGUUACGCGAGAAAGCUAAUCUUAGGGCCAUCAUGGAUGACGACUUUGACCGCCGCAUGGAGCUAAGGAGGCAGAGGAGGGAACAGAUGCGUCUGGAAGCUGAAAAAAUGGGUUACACCAACGACGACGACGAUGAGGCGGCUCGGGAGCAAAGAAGACGGGCUCGGGAGGAAAGGAAGAAGAUGAGAGAAUCCGAAGACUCGGCAAGCAGCGAUGUGAUCAAUGCCAACAACAUGGAGGAAAGAGAGACCUCCAGUUCCUUUUCCAUGACCAUCGCGGCGGCGGAUGAUGACCAGGCCCUGGAGGAGCGACUGGCAAAGAGGGAGGAGCGAAGGCAGAAGAGGAUGCAGGAGGCCAUUGAAAGGCAGAAGGAGCUGGACCCGAGUUUUGCCGCCAACGGGAUCGACGGCUCGGCGGAAAACCCGGAGGAUGGCGACAGAGGGAGGAGGAGGGACGAUGAAGAAAAGGAGGAGGAAGAGGAGAAACAAGUCCAAGAAGAGGAGAUUGUGAAAGUGUCAAUCACACUAACUUCCCAAAAUGAGGACAAGACUGAAGCUGAAGAAGAGGAAGAAGCUGCUGAUGAUGCCACUGAGGAAGAAAACAAGCAAACAAUAAGGAAAGAAGAAGAGGCGCAGCAGCAGAAAGAAUUUGAAGAAAAGCAGAGGACGGAGGAGGAAGAGAGGAAGAGAAGAGAAGAGGAGGAAAGACAGGAAAGGGAAAUGGAGGAGAGGAGAAAAGAGGAGGAGAGGAGGAAAGAGGAGGCGAGGAAGACAAUAGAGGAGGAAGAGAGACAGGAAAGGGAAAAGGAGGACAGGAGGAAAGAGGAGGAGAGGAAGAGAAGAGAAGAAGAGAGGGAAAUGGAGGAGAGGAAGAAAAAGGAAGAGGAACGCGAAGAGAAACGCAGAAAAGAUGAGGAAGAGGCAAAAAAGCGAAGACAAGAGAUGGAGAAGAAGCAGAAAGAGGAGCAAGAAAAACGGGAGAUGGAAGAGAAGAAAAAGAAAGAGGAGGAAGAAAAACAGAAGAAAGAAGCGGAGGAGAAGAAGAAAAAGAAGGAGCAGGAGGAGGAGAGGAGGAGGGAGCUGGAGGAGAGGAAGAAGAAAGAAGCAGAAGAUAAACGGAAAAGGGAAGCUGAGGAGAAGAAGAAGAAAGAUGAGACGAGGGCAACCACACAAAAUGGGGCACUCAAGAAGACAGACAAGCUACCCAGAGAUGAAGUUCCCUGCGUCGGGUCUGACGUCUCGGAGCGUCAGGAGGCUGAGCGCAAGCUGCAGGAGCUCCAGAGGCGGCGUGACGACGCCGAGAGCGAGGAGAUGGAGAAGAUGAAGCAGAAGCAGCACCACGCGGAGGCUGAACUUGAGGUGCUGAAGAGAAAGAGGGAGGAGAGGAAGAAGAUCCUCGGAGAGGAGGAGAAGCGGAGGAAACAAGAGCUGGAGGACAAGAAGAACAAAGAGCAGGAGGAGAGGAAGAGGAUGAGGGAGGAGAUUGAGAAGAGGAGAGCCGAAGCUGCUGAGAAGAAGAAGCAGCAGGAGCAAGAGCCUCCGAAGCCCUCGUUCACCAUCAGCCCCAAAGGCUCAUCCAAGAUUGGAGAGAAGGCGGAAUUCUUGAGCAAAUCAACUCAAAAAAGCGUGAGAGCAUCGCACGCGCCCAUCGUCUCCAAGAUCGGCAGCAGAAUGGAACAGUACGCAUCUGCCAUUCAGGGGAACAAAGAGGUGAAACCCCCCAAGACUGCUCUAGCUGACGUCCCCUCAGGAGGCACACGCAGCAUCAAGAGCAUGUGGGAGAGCGGCAACAUCUCUGACAAUCAGGCAAAUAAGGAUGCAGUGUCAAUCAAAGGAAGCUUCGCUAGUCGGACGGCAAAGCCUGCACAGCCUGAGAAGACGCAGCCUGCUGCAUCAGAACAGGCACCAGCGUCAGCAAAGCCUGAAAAAUCUCAACCGACUUCACAACCCCGCACCAAUGAAAUGAAUAAGCAAAGUGAUGUAGGUAACAAACGCAACAUGUGGGAGACCAAGAAGAGUUCGACACCAGCCAAGGUCUUGGUUGGGGUCAGAGGGAAGUUUGUGUAAAACAUCCCGGCAAAUAUUCUUUGCCCGUCUUUUUGCAUGACACCGUGAGGAUCACACGACCAGAAUGAACCGCACAUUCCCCUGAAGAGUAAAAAAGUAAAAUCGUAACAAGUUCAAAAACAUUCGUCUUACACUAUAUGAGUAAUCACAACAAAUAUUGUAAUCCCCAUCAGUCCAAGAGCUGAAGUGUUUGUCAAUAUUUAUAAAUGUGUCUUCUUCUAUACUAGCUUUUUUUUUCUUUUUCUUUCUUUUUUUUUUUUUACUGUCGAAUACACUUGUUCGGAGAUAUGUAAUCAAAGCUAAUUAGACAAGAGGCCCAAUUGCAAACAAAAAGAUGAAUUAUACACCUUAUUUAAAAAAAUUUUUAAAAAAAAACUAGAAAAAAAAAAAAAUCGUGUCAAUGCAAAAAACUAGCCUGUACGCGAAUGCUAUGCAACAUUUUAUUGAUUUAAUAAACAUUUUGAUUUUCUUAAUAACCCCCCAAUUCCUGAUCAAAACAAACUAGUGACAUUGCUUUCAUAUGAAUGUGACUGCAGUGUUAAAGAACUAAAUUUGAGCCUUUUGAAACAACAACAAAGAUUUUACGCAUGAUGCUUGGAUUUAUGCCAUACAACUCUCAACCACCAGGAGGGAAUCUUUAUGUUAUUUCGGAGUUAUUACGCAAUGUUGUAAUUUCUUAGUGUUAUAGUUUGUGUUGACAAUAACCACAUACAAUACCUGAAGACCAAAAAAGUAUUCAAUGUAUAUCUGAAUUUAUACUGCAGCUAGCUAAAGUGGAUAUCAAAAGUCCACACCUCCCUGUUCUAAUAAAAGGAUUUUACAAAAUAGAAGAGUAAACACUUAAAAAUAUUUUUUCAGCACAACCUCUCCUCUUUACAGACUGAAGGCUUGUCAAGUCACCACUCAAGUAGUUGUUGUUCUUCCUGUGGAAACAAGCUUUGAAGUCAUACUCCGCCGUUAUUCGUGCACCGUUCGUCUUAAAACUUGGUAGCUAUGGCGCAUGGGCCGGUAUCUGUCGAUACUUUGAGCUCGAUUUUUAAUUUUUUUGUAUCAGGGCUGAUUAAUUAAUUGUGGGCUUAUUUUGCCUCUAUAUUAGAAGUUAGCCAGAAAAAGACAAGUCUUCAGCCUGCAGUAAUAAACUCAUUCUUGUUUUCAGUGCUGUUAAAACAGGGUUGUGUAGACUUUUUAUAUGCACUGUAUUGUUUUUUUUUUUAUCUUGUUUACAAUGACACUGCUUUUGUGUAUUUUGCAUGUAGCAUGCAUGUUAUUCCAUUUUGUAAGUGUUUGCACUUUUCAAUCUACAGCCACAUAAAUAUGGGUAUUACUUAGUACGAAAGGCUCCACUGUAUUUGUGGUAAAUACUUGUGUACAUGUACACAUAGCCUAGUCAAUCCAUAAAAUGUCUUGGAUAAAGCUUAGCUUUGUUUUCAGCAAUUAAAAGAAACUAAGA